CUAGGUAACGCUAAACAGCGCCAGUUACGGUUAGAAUACUAUCAGCUUAUCUAGCGGAGUACAUAGGCAGUACUAUGUAAUGCGAUCUAAAGUGCCCGCCAACUUCUUAAAAUUCACGAUUAGCUAAUGAACCACUGACCGAACGAUACGAUCUAAACCCAAUUAUGCGCAAUUGGUAGAAAGAAGUCUUAUACUUACUUGCCCGUCGCAAACUUGGAGGGGGGAAAUAGUCCAAACGACCGUAUCUAGUAGAGGACCCGUGGAAAAUUUACUCAAGAUGCCCGUGAGCUUUUCGAAAUUACUGUUGUUGUUUUUUUUUUUCCUUUUUGGAUUUACAUUAGUACUAACUAAAAAAAUCCCCAGGCGAUCAUAAUGGGAGUAAGCUUCCACGAGAAGAAACUCGUCAGGAAAGCCCUGGAGAGUUUCUACGGCCUGGGGCCGCAGCUGGCGGCGCGGAUCAUGGCCAAGUACACGAUCCACCCGCUGGCGCGGCUGGAGACGGUGCCGCCGAAGACGAUCACCGCGCUGACGGCGGAGCUGUCGACGAUGACGCUCGAGAACGACGCCCGCAGGAUCGUCCAGGACAACAUCAAGCGCCUGCGAGACAUGGGCACCAUCAGGGGACGUAGGCACGCCAUGGGCCUGCCCGUCCGCGGACAGCGCACCAGGACCCAGAUCGAGACCGCCAAGAAGCUCAACACCCUCGAGAGAGGCGGCACGUACUCCAAGAUUUAGAUUUAAAAGGGGUGGAAGGGAAGGCGGGAGAAGGAGAAGGAGAAGGAGAAAGAAAGAAAUUAUUUGCAGUUGUGCUUCGCGUGGUGACUGCAGGAAUAGAGUGCGUUAUAGAAUGUUUGGCCCCAUUGGAAAUGAGAUGCCGUGGAAAGGCGUUUGUGAAGGGUUUACGAAACAUUUUCCGGUCGCCUUCCAACGACACGACCUAUUCCAGUACAUAGUCUAGAGGGAUUGUUCCCUUGUAUAUUUAAGUGUAAAUAUUCCAUUUCAAGAGGAAUAAAAGAACCUCCUUGAGGGCGUCAUAUAUGAGCUAAA